AUGCCUCUUAUCGACCCCGUAACCACCUCUCUUGGCGGCGACCCGACAAAGGAAUGGCAGAACAAAUUAGUUGGCAAGAAACUAGGUGAUGCCCAUGAUGAGAUUACUUUCGCAAAGAAUGAUCUCCCAGAACAUACUCGGGUCAUCGAACCAGGAAUGAUGGUUACAAAAGACUUCAACCCAAGGCGGCUGAAUGUGCAUCUGGCUGAGGACGGGACGGUGACCCAUGUUAAUCAUCAGUAA